AUAUGCAACCCUGUAUUUAAUUCACGGUGGAUUGUAUUGCUCCUAUCGGAUGAUUUGUUUUUACUUGUUUUUUUAUUCAUGUUAUAAUCCGCAUUAAUUGCUAAUAAAUUUCCUCAAAAAUGUUAAAACCAAAAGCACUAACACAAGUUUUAGCGCAAGCAAAUACAGGUGGUGUUGAGAAUACGCUUUUGCUAAGUCAGGAGGGUGCUUUGCUAGCAUAUGCUGGGUAUGGAGAUAAGGACGCGCGUGUUACAGCGGCAAUUGCGAGCAGUAUUUGGGCAGCAUACGAAAAACAUGGACGCAAUGCAUUUCGUGAAGAUCGUCUAACUUUUGUGCUAUUGGAUUGUGAAUGUGGUCAUGUAGCUAUUACACAGGUCGCCAGCAUAUUGCUUUGUCUGUACGCAAAAGAAAUGGUGGGCUUGGGUUUACUCAAGGAAAAGGCGAUGGCACUGGCUAAUUAUCUCGAAGGACCCCUCAAGCAAAUUGCAGCUUCAUAAGAUAUGCACUAUAUAUGUAGGAUGGCUCUUCAGAAUUA